CGCCUCGAAACGGCGGAGAAGGCAACAAAUACAAAACUGCUCGAAUCGGAACGAUUGGCACUGGUUGGAGCUCUGGUCUGUUGAGAUUUCUACCCGCCGUGUACCUUCAGUUCGAUUUCGAACCUUCAGGUGAGCGGGUUGAAUGAGUCUGUCUGUAGUUUGUGAAUUUCGUUCGUUUCGAAAAGAAGGAAAAAAUACGCGCGAUUCCGUAGCCAAGUUAAGCUGAGAACCGCUUUCUGGGUAGCGUUUUUGUAAUUUGUUUUUUUUCUGUUUUGUGCAAAUGAGGAGAAAGGUUUCGCGCUGAAAGGUGAAAGAAAGUGAUCCUCAGUGCUUCGAGCGGUGGAAGAAAGGAAUAAACUGGAUCGCGUGAAAAUAGGAUCAAGUGUUGCUCCCCGGGUAGAAAAGUGUAUCAUCGUUAAUGACCGACUGUUUGUGGUUGGUUGCUGCCGCUGCUUCAAGAAUAAGAAUAAAAGGAUUUGUGGAAAGAUACGACUGCAAUAGCACAGGAGUGUACAGCAUUACGUUAAAGGUGGAUAGGAAGCGGAAAAGUUGUUAAACAAAGUGGUACAUUCGAAUCAAGUGAUCAGCAGUGAUCUAAACGAGAGAACCCCUCAGUGGAAGAAAAUCAUGAGCAAGGAAUUGAAACAGGGGAGUGAUUAAAAGAUCCGUAAUCGACUCAUUAAGGUGAGGGAACGUGAAGGAAAAGAACAAGUGUAAAGUUUAAUAGCUUGGGCAAGCAAGUGUUUGGAUAAGAAACAUAAUACACAGAAACGGUGUGCGGGAUAAGAACAGCUGUAUAUCAAAUCAACUCACGUCGAUUGGAACAAUUGGAAUCAGAGGAAAUUUGGUAGUAAAUAACAUACAAACUGCGAAAUAUAAUGAUUGCAUAACUCCGAAACAACCAUUUCGAAAACGUGGAAAACAAAAAUCCAAAAAUCCGCAGUCCGACGCGUCGCAAAGAGGGAAUAACACUAAAUUUUGUGAUUGUAGAAAACGCGAAGUGGUGAAACGAGAAAAACAAAGAAAGAAAGAAAGAAAUAAAAAAACGCACGCCGAAAAGCAAAAGCGUACGUGUCGAAGUGAAUCUCUGUUAUUUUGUGCAGCUUCUCGGAACUGAGGGGUCCUCCGACAAACACGUGAAGUUCUGGACGGGGUUCGCGAUCCAUUCGCCACGACGAGAUGGAUAACAACGGAAUGGGGGCUUCCGCUUGCUACGGCGGAGGUGACAUUGCUGGUGCCAUCUUCGGGACACUGUUUGCGGUGGUGGUUGUCGCAGUGCUCCUCUGGUGGCUCUACCGGCGAGGCUACAUCCUGAAACGAAAAGAAUCACAACUUGUCACAGAAGAUCCCGAAAGCAAGAAGGACGAAUAUGCAUUCGAUAAUCCCGCAUUCAAGACCGCCGAUGGGGCAGGCUGUGCCGCCGCCACCGUCAAACCCAGCUCCCCGCUGGAUCACAGCUGGAGCUCGGCCAAGCAGAACAGCCUGGACAAGCGGAAAACUGUGGACGACAGUUGCAUUAGCGCUACCACACCCCGCGUUGUAGCCCUGCGUGGGUCCGACUUCACCGGACUCGGAGUGGAAGUAUACGGCGGUCUGAAGGAGGGUAUUUUUGUGAAGAAAGUUAUGCCUCAAGGCCCGGCAGCUGGUUAUGUACACACCGGUGACAGAAUAACGAGCAUAACGAUCGAUUUUCAACACAUCGUCCAGGAGGACGCAGUGACGAUUCUGAGCUACGCUUCCCCGUACAACGUCCAGUUGGAGCUGGUAAAUGGAGAAAAACUACCACAGACCCAGAGCCCCAAGCCAGGACACCAGGCGUUGACACAUCCGCUAGUGCGGUCUAGCAGUCAGUCAGACAUGAACACGAUUGAACGUAAUUCCCGCAAAAAGCUGUUCCCCGGUGAGGAAACCAACUCAACACUUCGUAUGGAGCAGUCCAGUCCGACAAACUUGAACAAGGUGCUCCCAACCAUCCACAAAGAGCACGAGAAAGAACCCAAGAAACACUCCUUCAAACAGCAGAUGCGAGAGAUGAUCGAAGAGAAGUUUCAAACGAAGCACGCCGAAGUGGAACGCAAGGACUCCAACGCAGCCGACGGAAAGAAGGGACAUAAAUUCGGCAUCCGUGUGUUUCCCCCAGCCGUAAACGACAAACUGUUUGGCAAGAGCCCUACGAAAAUUCAAGCCGACAACGAGAACAACACUAACAUUGAGAAGAAAGAGUUCGACGACAAGAAGGAAAAAUCUCCCUCGCCUCCGGUGGUGAAGAAACGCACCAAAGAACCGAAGCCGGUGCCGGAUGUAAUUGCCGUUGAAUCUGCUACAACUAAUACAACCUCGAUCCCGACUGAAUUCCAGCGGCAGAAUAGUCUUACCUCCAGUGGAAUCAAACGUGACGCCGCGGGAAUCCCCCAAGAGAUGCCCAGUUAUAUGAUGCAGGCCGCCAACGCCGCUCGGGAUAAUCGCAAAUCGUCCAAUCCUGAUGCCGACGCUAAACGCAAGGGUAAAGCUCCUAAGCCACCGCAAAAUGAGUUCGAUAUGGAUGACAGCACGAUUACGACGUACACGAAUGUGAGCAUUGAUGUUCCCGAUUCAUCCACAGACGUCGCCGAGCCCGGAUUUGAUCUUGAUUCCAAGAAGCUCAACCUAAGUACCCGUAUGAACUUUUCGGAUAACUUCGCCGAAGAGGUACUGAACUGUACCAUCGAGAGCAUCGAACGGUUCGAGGAGAACCAUACCAGCUACUCGUCGACCCCCAAAAGUGAGCGCAAGAAACCCUCCCUGGCGGACAGUGUGACCCUCGAGAUUCACGAUUCCGACAUGGAGCAGCUCCCGGUGGGCAACAAAAUCGAGCUAAAUUCCAGCGACAUCACGGUCCACCAGAGCUCACCCAGCCCCCCGGACAGCGAGGAAGCAAUGGAGGAUGGCAACCGCCGAACGGCAAGCCUCGGCGAUUUGUCAAAAUUCGAGGGCCAACAAUCGAACCCCACCAGCAACAGUAACACACUGGAACGCGCCCAGAGUCUGGAAAUAACUGGCGAAGUGGUGAUCGUCAACGGCAACGCCAACGCCACCGGAAAUAGUGCCGUCAUUGUGGGAGCAACUCCAACCUCAUCGGGGAACAAAAAGCGCAAAGUGUCCAUCGAAAGGGAUACCAUGGUUGAUUCGAGGGAACCCAUGCUGGCGGCGACUGGCCAGAUGGAUGGACUGAAUUCGCUGCAGAGAAACCGCUUGAAGGGAGCAUCGGAUUGGGGUAAUCUGGAGGAUGCGAUCAACAGUGGGGAGCUGUUGAGCAGCUCGUCGGAAAGCGACUCAAAGAUGUCGGAAGAUAUGGCGGAGGGUGGUUUAAGCAAUACGGCACCAAUGGUUGAUGUUACGACCACCGUUGUUCAAACGGUUGAUGAAUUGGCUAUGGCAAAUGGUGUUGUCCUAACUGCCAAACCGGUGGAUAUUGAAGAUGAUUAUGAAGAAGAGACGAGGAACGAUGCUAUCAACGUUUUGAUCAAAGCUGACAAAGUGGCUCCGGCUGUUAUAGUGGCAGAAGAAAGAAAAAUCGAGAAGGAUAAUGAAAGAGAACACGUUUCGCUCACAACAAUCAGUAUGGAUUAUAACGGAGUGCAUCCCAAUGAAAUCGAGAUGAACUUGAACAAGACGGAUCAUGUGAAAAUCGCCAAUUAUGACACAAACAUCCCCGAUGAUGUUAAAGUCUCCCGAUAUCCGUUCGGUAGCUUGGAGCGUCCUAAAUCAGAUGUUCUGAAGAAGUUGUUGGGACAAAAGGAAGAACUGGAAAAUACUCCUUCGGUGUUUAUCUCGGGAGAUGGUGAGACGAAUAAGAUUACAAUCGAGAAUAGUUUUCAUGAUGUCGGAGAGCCAAUUAGCCUAACACUGGUGAACAGCACUGAAUGUCAUCCGGAAGAGAACGACCAAACCGAAAGCAGCCAGCCAUCGCCGGUGUUCUCCAGCAAUAUGAAUGGAGUCAGUAGCAUCAACAUAUCCUCGUUGGAAGUUGAUCUUACCAAAUCGCUGAACAAUAAACCGUUUACCAUGGCUCCAAAAUUUUCGUUGGAUAAUAUUGUAACCAUAUCGACCGAAUCGUCCCAGCCUUCGUCCAUUAUACUGAUUGACGAUGAAAAGCUUGACUUCAGCCUGCAAACGCUGGAUGAUUUCGAUGAUAGCAUUGAAAACACAACUUCACCGGACCCCCAACUGCACUUCUCUUCGGAAAUCAACAAAAGUGUCAUCGAAACUGCACCUCCAGUCCCGGAGAAGCCAAAACCGGUGAACAGUUUUGUAACCGAAAUCACCGUCAAGACACCCGAGGUAACCCAAAACGGAAAACACGACGAACCACCGAAGAUAACGAAGAAACCCCCGAAACCGGAUAAACCGACUACUCCGCCUUCACGAAUUCCGGUGGAACGACGAAUGUCCAGCGAGCAUAGCUAUAUUCCACGCAACACUGAAAUCAAAUUCACCACCGCCACAUACGAUUCCGGUAAGAACCACGAGAAACGCCCACUUGGAAUUGAUCAAAUUCGGUCCAACUUUGAGCGCAGUAAUUCCAAAACGGACGUUCGAUCGUUCGAACGCAGCAACUCUCGAGCCGAGCUGCGUCCUUUCGAGCGGAGCAACUCGAAACCCGAUGUCCGACCGUUCGAGCGAAGCAAUUCCAAAACCGAUGUCCGUCCAUUUGAACGAAGCAACUCAAAGCCCGAUGUUCGUCCUUUCGAACGAAGCAAUUCCAAAACCGAUGUCCGUCCGUUCGAACGCAGUAACUCGAAAACCGACGUCCGAUCGGUGCUGGAACGAAGCAACUCCAAGACCGAGAUACCCGUCCUCAUCAGGCGAACUUCGAUCCCGUCGAUAAAUUUGAACAACUCAGUCAACGCUAACCCCCACGCUACGACAAACGGCAACAGCAAUGGUUCCAGUCCGGCCAGCAAAGCAAGCCCAUCCCGCAUUCCAGUGUUCAACUCGGCCAGCAAACUGAACAACGGACACGACAGUCCACGAUCGCCGCCACCCACACCUUUCGCCCAUCACAACAACAAUAAUAACAACAGUAUCAACAAUAACCACAUAGGGAAUAAGGUUUCGGUGAGCAUAACUUCGAUCAAGAACCAAGCGAAAUAUCCGAGCGGAAAGUUGAACGGAAACUGAGGAUACUUGGAUGUCCACGGGUAGUCACCCUGUGUUUCUUAUGGUGCAAUUUGUUAAUGAGCUUCCCAAUUCGAGUGACGAAUAAAUCAACCAUCGAAUUUAAUUCAAACUUAUCGAAAGCUUAAAAUAGUAGGCUGUCGCUUCCCGGCGAUGACACGAAGCGAUUGUAUCUAUUGUGUAGUUGUAUAAGUGCGGUAGGUGUCAUUAGGGAUGUACAUGUUAAUCACCGGAAAUAUUAUUUCGCGCAACCGAGAGCGCUGGGAGUCGUUAAAACACACAGCGAAAAUGUUUGGCCAUAUUCACAUCUUAUUAUCUUCUUUUAUGUACAUGUAAAAAUAUAUAUUAUGAACACAAAAUACGCCACAACGAGCGAGCGUGUCUAGUUGUAAGCUAAGGAAAUUAGAGGUAUACUUUUUAAAAAUAUUGUUAAUUAAUUGUUAAUGUUGAAUCAGAGAAAGCAGGAGAAAACCAUCUAAAUUACCAGUUUCUCCAUACGUCUACACAGAAGUAAGCUAACUUGGUGGACCGAGUUACGACAACGAUGAAAAAUCAAGCUUUUCAGUAACCAUAACAAGAUUUUUAUAAGCAUAGAUAUAUUUUUAUAUUUUUAUUUUAAUAAUAAAAUCGAUAAUUCAG